AUGUCGAUGAUAUUGGUGUUUUUAGCACUGCUAUUACUCGGGAGAACUGCUGACUCUGUCACUUGUUACGAAGGUUGUGGUGGGCCUGAUUGGCGAAUGUGCUUGUUGGCUCCAAAAUGUGUGUCUUGCACUUACAUGGAGUUCUUGGUGGACGGUCGGCCUACUGACUUUGGGCGAAGCUGCGAGCAACGUCCAUGCAGCCAGAUCGAAAACCAUUCCGAUCCAUCUUGGAAGAGACUGUACUGCUGCACGAAGGAUCUGUGCAACGCAUCGGCGAAAACAGCAAAACACAUUGUGCCGUCAACUUUUGUGAGUAGCAAAUAAUUCCAAUGUUCGGAUGGAAGCAACAAAAGGCGCACCUGGGGCUACUGUGAACAUGCACGCUUUUGUUUGAAGUGCUUUUACCUAUUUAUCAUACAACAGUUGCUUGUACACUUACUUUCCAAUAGUUGACCCAAUUACUUAGCUUCUCUGUGUAACUGUUGACCGUGCUUGAGAGAUGAAAAAUAAAGUAUCAACACCAC